AGAGAUACACUUUAAUCAACUACUAGUGCUAUUUGGUGGUGGCUGUAAGUGGGAAUGGAGCUUAUCAAUGUGCUGCUUUCAUUGAUCCUUUGCUUAUUAGUGUUAUCAGUUCUCUUUUUGAUGUAUCUUACUCGUUCUCCUAAAGCAAUGGAAGGCAUCCCUGGCAACCUUGGUUGGCCUAUUGUGGGAGAGAGUUUCUCAUUUCUCUCUGACUUUUCAAGUCCUUCUGGGAUCUUUAGCUUUAUGAACAAGAGGCAAAAGAGAUAUGGAAAGAUUUUCAAGAGCUUUGUGCUGGGGAGGUUCACAGUCUUCAUGACUGGAAGAGAAGCAAGUAAGAUAUUGUUAACGGGCAAGGAUGGGAUUGUGAGUUUGAAUCUGUUUUACACUGGCCAACAAGUUCUUGGCCCCACCAGCUUGCUGCAAACCACCGGAGAGGCACACAAAAGGCUAAGAAGACUGAUAGCUGAACCUUUAUCAAUUGAUGGCCUCAAAAAAUAUUUCCAUUUCAUCAAUACUCAGGCAAUGGAAACAUUAGAUCAAUGGCAAGGAAGGAAAGUCCUGGUUCUUGAGGAGGCUUCUACAUUUACUCUAAAAGUGAUUGGACAUAUGAUCAUGAGUUUAGAGCCUUAUGGGGAGGAACAAGAAAAGUUUAGGUCAAAUUUUAAGAUCAUUUCUUCCUCAUUUGCCUCAUUGCCUUUUAAACUUCCAGGAACAGCUUUUCAUCGUGGUAUCAAGGCUCGGGAUAGUAUGUAUGAGAUGUUGGAUUCUAUAAUUUCGCGGCGGAGAAGUGGCCAAGACUUUCAACAGGAUUUCUUAGGAUCCUUAGUUAUGAAACACAGCAGAGAAGAUGGAGGACAAGAUGAAAAUAGACUCACUGAUAAACAACUGAAGGAUAAUAUAUUGACUUUGUUGGUUGCUGGCCAUGAUACCACAACUGCUGCUCUUACAUGGCUUAUCAAAUUUCUUGAUGAAAAUCCAUCUGUUCUGGAACAAUUGAGAGAGGAACAUAGACAAAUUGUUGCAAACAGAAAGAGUGGAACAGAUCUUACAUGGUCCGAAGUUAAUAAUAUGCCUUACACAACCAAAGUGAUUAGUGAAACUCUCCGGAGAGCCACAAUACUACCUUGGUUUUCAAGAAAGGCAUCCCAGGAUUUUGAAAUUGAUGGUUGUAAAAUUCAGAAAGGUUGGUCUAUCAACCUAGAUGUUGUUUCUAUACAUCAUGACCCAGAAGUUUUCCCAGAUCCUGAAAAGUUUGAUCCCUCUAGAUUUGAUGGACCCUUGAGGCCUUUCAGCUUUCUUGGAUUUGGUAGUGGACCACGUAUGUGUCCUGGAAUGAACCUUGCCAAGAUUGAAAUCUGUGUCUUCAUCCAUCACCUUGUUAACAGAUACAAGUGGAGAACUCUGGAGAAAGAAAAUUCUGUCCAACCAACGCUUGUAAGGAUGCCAAAGAAUAAGUAUCCUAUUAUAGUUGAGGCACUAUAAGAACACUCCUCCAGGAACUACAUACAAAUAACGGAAGAAGUGAUAGCAAAGCAAAAUCUCUUGUAUAUGAACAGAAUCAUUGUCCCAUUAAUGUUACAUCACAGAGAGAAUGAACUGAAUUGUGUUUUGUCACUUGUAAAGAAAGAAACUAAUUCUCAAUGAAUAAUUUUGCAUUUCCUUUUUCCGUAUGUUGGUAAUGCUAGUAUGGA